AAAGAAAACCGGCCAGAAGAAGCUAGGGAGGUUUUUAAAAUUGAUGUUAUAUGUAUAGAAGAUAGUAAAAAUAAAUGGUAUUCAGAAAAUAAAGAUUAUAAAGAGGACUAUGAGGAUGAAGGGGAUUACGAAUCUGAGGUAGAAGAGAUGGAUUUUGAAAGGACUGAUAGUAUAGAAGAACAAUGGAAUACAUGGGAGGUGGAUGAGAAAGGCCAUAGUGAUAUUGCCCAACAGUGGUGGGAAUAUGAGAAUGGAAAAGGAGCUGAAAUGUCACUUUCUCAGGAUGAAGUAUACUUAGUGGACGAUUUAAGGGCCAUCCAGGGUGAAGAAAGCUUCUCUGAUAUAACCUGGAUGGAAUGGGAGCCCAAAAAAAAUGUUUCUUGGCCCCUUACACCUGAAGAACUUAUAGAAGCCUCAGAGGAAGAAAAUGAUCCCAAGUAUGAGGGUGAUGAAGAAUUAUCUGAUGAAGUUGUAAUAAACAGUAGAUCGACAAGUCUAACCACCCCGGAGGAAAAAACCUUAACUGAAGAGUGGAAGGUUAAUAAGAGUCUUGCAAACCAAGUAAAACAAGAGGAUGCAAUGAUGGAUGAAUUUAUCAAAUGGCCAGAAGAUGACCAGGAAGAAAACUCUGAGCCACAAACUAUUGAUAUCGGCGCAGAAGGAAUUGGUAUUGAAAAGGAUGAACAGGCAAUAAAUAUGGAC